UUUAAAUCUUAGUAAUGUAAUAAUAAUACUCAAACACUUACGAGUCAGUUGUUAGAACAUAAGUAGUUAGUGGACAAGAUUAAAAACCACUGAAUUUGGGUUUGACAGAUGUUGAAGGGGCAAAGGUUUUUUAAUUAUUUGAAACUUUAGGCUGUUGCUAGAAGACUCUUUGAUACUUACGAUAGAGAUAGAAAUGGAUAGAUUGAUAAUGUAGAGGUUGUACCUAUGAUAGUUGAUGUCUAUAAAUCAUUUAAUAGAAUCUUCUCACCAGCUAGAGGUGACAUUGAUUCAUUUUAUAAGUUCAAAAUUGAUUCUAUUUAUUUAGGGUUUUGGAUAGAAACUAAGAUGGUAAAAUCACAUAUUAGGACCUUGAAGAUUUAUGCAUUAGAUAUUUGACUAAUUAAACUCCAACUAAUUUGAGAGCAUCUGAAGCACCUCGUUAAAGUGGAAUCUAAUAACCAUCAUAAACAGUCACAUCAUCAUAUAGAAGAACUCAGUAUUGAUUGUGAUUCUUUAUUAAACAUAAAUUCAUAUUAUUU